UUUUCUGCUAAUUUUUACAGUAGUACAAACUUCUCUCCUUAUAUGGAGGAAGAGGAAUUGCCAGAAUUAUUAGAACAACAAACUCACCAACAAUAUCAACAACAACCACAUUUUAAUAAUAAUUCCAACAUAUGUUUUAACAGUCAACAACAAAAUGGCAACAACAAACACAAUUUAACAAAUCGCCAAACAUCCUCUAAUUCUCAACAACAACAAUUACAAAGCAUUUUAAAGAAAAAUGCUGAUGUUUGGAAACAAGGAAAUAUUAGUAAUUCGCAAACUCAAGUUUUGAGGAAUAUAAAUCAACAGUUUUCCUCCAAAGAAAUGUUAGGACAACAUCGCUCACCAAAACAACAACAUCAAAGCCGUUUCUAUGAAACUCAUGUUCAGCAACACAGACAACAACCUUUUUUUCUCUCGAAAAUUGAAAAUGCCCAAUUUAUUGAUGAGGGAGAAAAUAGUUCAUCUCCAAUAAAUAAUUUUAGUGCUAUGACACCGCUCAGAACUAGCACUCCUAAAGAAACACAAUAUCGUCUUCCACUACAUAUAGCCACAAGUGCAUUUGAUGCCGAUGGCUAUGGAGGUGCAACAUCUUCAGCCCCAUCUUCCCCCGCCUCCUCCUUUCAACACCUACCUGCUUAUCAAGCAACUAUAGCUCAUGACUUAGCUCAAUUAAAAAAGACACCUUUCAGAGGGGGAGCAGUAAUUCCCACAAAAACACAGCCCUACACAUCUAUUGCCUCAUUGUCAAGCUCUGCCCGCGGUGCUUUCAACGCCAACAUAAAUCGCCAACAACAUGUUAUAUCACCAGAGCCAAGAAUGCUAAUACAAAAUCAUCAAAUUAAUGGUAGCCGUCAACUAGCUAAUGACACUAUGCUUCGCUCCUCAAACUUACAAAGUCGAGCAUAUUUCCAUCAAAAUAUUGGUGGGGGUGUUGCUUCUUCUCAGAAUGAUUCUGCUGCAACGCGUUUAAUACCUUAUCGUUCCCGUGGAGGUACAACUCCCUCAUUCUCUCAACAGCAAAAUGGUAGUUUAUCUCAUUUGACUCACGGAGGAGGUAGUGUAGCUGGAUCAACAUUAGAGCUCACCGAAUUUGCAAGUGUUCGCCGUCGACGUUUAGAAGCAGAUAUCGGAGGAGCACGUUCGCCAGUAAUGCCAUCCGCGCAUUUGGUUCGAUCUGUUUCCCCGCCAAUGCAUUUUCCCGCGUCGAAAACAACUCCAAUUGGCAGCAAUAUUCAAUCAAACUCUUUUUCCUAUUCGUCUGUUAAUAAUUUGGCUACAGCUUCUCCAUCUUCCCAGUUAUUAAUGAGAAAUUACUCAAAUCCAUUAUCAACCAACUACAAUAAAAUUAUUGAAGAAACACCUGACAACAACAUUCAAAACAACCUACAAAAACCUUCAAUUUCUUCAAAACAUUCUUUUCUGGAGGAAGAUGAACUUGACGAAGCGAUUCCCAAAACAUCAACAAAUAAAAUAAAUAAACUUAACAACAAAUCAAACAAAACAACAUAUAAUUCUAUUAGUGCAGAUUUUGUAAAACAAAAGAACAACAACAACAUCCAAACAAAACAAGUUUCUUUUAUGAGAAACUUUGGGACUCAAACAAUGUUUGCAAAAAAACAGGCUGUUUUAAAGGAUGUUGGUGUUGCUACGGAUUCCAAAACAAAUUUACCAAAGAAAACUCGUCUUAAGGAAGCUAGCACCUCUCCAGAGCCUAUCAUUCCACCAACCUCCAAAUUUAAAGAAUUGCCAUUUACAUCAUUUAUUAAAUUCAAUUCUAUUGGAGUAGACACAACAGAAAUAGAAGAACUCGAAGAAGAAAUUAAAAAUUCCUUUAGAAAGCCUCCCCCGCAACCUCCUCCUAAACCUUCAAGGCCCGAUUUAGAGGAAGAAUUGAGAAGACGUCGACAGGCUGAAAGAUUAGCCUCUUUGGUAACCGAGUUUCAAUAUUGCUUGGGGCACGAACCCGAACACCUUCCCUGUCAAGAACCUCUUCUAUUUGAUAAAAUACAAAAAGUAGAUAAAAGUGUGGAAACCAUAAAUUUACCCAUCCCAACGAUUAGCAAAACUACUGCAACCACUAGUACAACAGACCUAACUUUUUCCAUAAAUGUUGGUGUGGGAACAUUGCAACCUGAAAUGCUUGAAAAAUCAAUGGAAACAGAAACAAUCAGAAAAUUACAAAUUGGUGUACAAACAGAAAAAGAAGAAGCUAAGGAAAUUGAAAAAUUAAUUAAUUAUGAAGCCGAAAAGAGAAUUAAAAUUGAAAAAGAAAAAUUAAAACUUUUAUUGAAUGAAAUUGGAAGCCAAACUGAAACAGAUUGGUUGGAAAGAGAAAUUGAUAUUAAAUUGGCUGAAGCUGAAGCAGAAAGGUGGGGGUAA